ACCGAUGUAUAGAAUUCAGCGGUGCUCUGCAAAAAACCACGCACCAAUUCCCCCCCCUCUCUCUCUAGUCUCCUCCCACUGCUCAACUACACUCCCACACUCUCCUUGCUGGGAAUCAGAUUGAGUAGAUCAUACUCUUCUUCCCCAACACCCAACCUACCAUGAAAGGACCUCUCAACAAUGGCGGCGACCUCAUCAAAUCGCCAUUAUGCGUCAAGAUCUCCGCCAUCUUCUUCCUCUCCAUCGCAUUCUUCUACAUCGGCAAGCACUACUCUGAUGUCGGCUACAAUCAACUCCUCUUCUUCUCUUCCGCAUCUUCAUCUUCUCCUUCUGUUUCUCUCUCUCCUAAUCUCAACAAAUCGUUUGAUAUUACUUCCGAAAUCAACUCCACUUUACCGACUCCUUCCGCUGGCGGUGGUUCUCCUCCUGUGUCGGUUCCAGUGCCGGUAGUGGUUCCACCGCCUCCGGCGGAGGAGCCAUUGAAGAGGUUCGGGAUCGUGGAUGAGAACGGGACAAUGACGGAGGAUUUCGAGAUCGGGGAGUAUGAUCCGAAUGUGGUGGAGAGUUGGGGGAAUUCUAGUGAUUCUGAGGUUGCAGUUUCGGAAACUAGGGUUAGAGUUUCGAAGUUUCCUAUUUGUGGUGAUAGUUUGAGAGAGUAUAUUCCUUGCAUGGAUAAUGAAGAGGCUAUUAAACGGUUGGUUUCCACGGAGAAAGGGGAGAAGUUUGAGCGGCAUUGUCCGGAGAAAGGAAAGGAGUUGAAUUGCUUGAUACCGGCGCCGAAGAAUUACAAGAUUCCGAUCCCCUGGCCGAGAAGCCGUGAUGAGGUAUGGUUUUUUAAUGUUCCUCAUACACGUCUUGUUGAAGAUAAAGGUGGUCAAAACUGGAUGAUUAGAGCAAAGGACAAAUUUAAGUUUCCUGGAGGUGGUACACAAUUUAUACAUGGUGCAGAUCAAUACUUGGAUCAAAUUUCUCAGAUGAUCCCUGAAAUUUCAUUUGGCCAACAUACGCGUGUUGUAUUAGAUGUUGGAUGUGGUGUUGCAAGCUUUGGCGCCUACCUAAUGUCACGAAAUGUGACCACUUUAUCAGUCGCUCCUAAGGAUGUCCAUGAGAAUCAAAUUCAGUUCGCACUUGAGCGGGGAGUGCCUGCAAUGGUGGCAGCCUUUACUACUCGUCGUCUACCAUAUCCAAGUCAAGCUUAUGAUAUGAUACAUUGCUCAAGAUGUAGAAUCAAUUGGACUCGUGAUGAUGGAAUUCUUCUUCUUGAGGUCAAUAGGUUGCUACGGGCAGGUGGCUACUUUGCAUGGGCGGCACAGCCAGUUUAUAAGCAUGAACCAAUUUUAGAAGAACAAUGGAAAGAGAUGGUUAACCUUACGACUCGUCUUUGCUGGGAGCUAGUGAAAAAGGAAGGAUAUAUUGCAAUUUGGCAAAAGCCCUUGAACAAUAGUUGCUAUCUGAGCCGCGAAGCUGGAACUCUCCCCCCUCUCUGUGAUAAGGAUGACGAUCCAGAUAAUGUUUGGUAUGUGAAUCUCCAGCCAUGCAUCACUCGUCUUCCGGAGAAUGGUUACGGUGGAAAUGUAACAAAGUGGCCUGAAAGAUUGCAUACCCCGCCAGAUAGGCUGCAGAGUAUCCAAAUUGACGCUUACAUAUCUAGGAAAGAGCUCUUCAAAGCUGAAUCAAAAUAUUGGAAUGAAAUUAUAGGAAGCUAUGUUCGUGCUUGGCAUUGGAAGACUUUGAAAUUCAGAAAUGUGUUGGACAUGAGGGCCGGCUAUGGAGGAUUUGCAGCUGCAUUGGUUGAUUUCGGUAUAGAUUGCUGGGUUAUGAAUGUGGUUCCUGUGAGUGGGCCAAAUACGCUGCCUGUUAUUAAUGAUCGUGGACUUAUUGGAGUCAUGCAUGACUGGUGUGAACCCUUUGACACAUACCCAAGAACUUAUGAUCUAUUGCAUGCCUCUGGCCUCUUCGCCAUUGAGAGAAAAAGAUGCAAUGUUUCUAGCAUCAUGCUUGAGAUGGAUCGGAUCCUAAGGCCAGGUGGCCGUGUAUAUAUCCGUGAUAUCAUUUCUGUUGUCGAAGAGCUUCAAGAAAUCGCCAAGGCAAUGGGAUGGCGAGCAGCUAUUCAUGACACUUCUGAAGGACCUCAUGCUAGCUAUAAGGUCUUGUCAUGUGAUAAGCAGCUGUUGCGAAAGUAACAAGCACGGAGUAGAAAAAGAGGUUUAGAAUUAUCAAAUGAAAUUUUUGCUUGAAUGAAGUUCUGAUAUUGUUCAUGCUUGUCUGUGGGACCUAAUGGAGGGUUGCUGCGGAUUGUCGAGAAAUCAUACUGGGUGAAGGCUGACAAAGUAUCAGAGAUAGAGAGACAGAGACAGAUAGAUAAAGGAGAAAAGAAUUCAUUGUACUAUCUAGUGUAUAGGAAGUAUAUUUAUAUCGGGUUGUUCAUUGUAACUUGGAGGUUAGAACACUUAGUCCCGAAGGGCGACAUGCCAAGGGUUCAUUCACUUCAUUGUAUAACUACUGCAUAACCUGUACCUCAGCUUAUAUUCUUCUUUGCGUGUAUUUAUUUUAAGCAGUGAAUAUUAGAAGGAAAAAAUCAUGUAAAGAUGAUAUCAGCAACUACUUUUUUUGCUUGAAAUUAAUUUGAAUUUCAUAGUCUAUUCUUGUCA